AACGACAGCUCGACAGCUUUUACUUGCUGCGUGAAAUCGUGCCUUAAUAGUUAAACGAAAGCUACGUGACCGUCGUGACCGUGACAGUUAUUACACUUGCUACGCCGAGUCAAUUAUUGAACUCAUUUUAUCAAGCUUCCUUAGGUAUCCUACCUGUGCACUUCUUGAAAGACAGCCUUAGAGUGAGAUGUCGCGGCCUUUUUCUACGAAACGCCGUGAAACAGACACUCUCGUGAAACAGGACUGGUGUCAUACGCAAGUGAACACGAUUAUGUUGAGCAAUACGUGGACGAUAAAGAACUACAGCUAUUGCAGCGGGAAGCCCGGGUAUGAGCUCAAGUCACCCACGUUUUCAGCAGGGUACAACAAAUAUAAGUUGGAGUGGUACCUGCAACUGUAUACUUGCCGAGAUAACCGAAAAUACGUAUCGCUGGGAAUCGUUUGGGUUCAGUGUCUAAAUCCCGUUAACGUUAAUUUCGAAAUUUAUAUUGUUGAUGCCGAAAAAAAAUUAAAAUUCUCGGAACGCAGUACACUUUCCGUAUUUUACAAUACUGAUAAACGAUGGGAUAUCGUAAAGUUCCUUGAGGCAGACGAAAUUCUUUCGGACCGGGCAAUCAUACGGCUACCAAAUGACACACUCACGAUAUUGUGUGAGGUCACCAUGAAGACGGACAUAAUAAACAUCUCCAGCCAAAGCAUCGCAAAACAAUAUCAAGUACCGGAGUGCCAGAUAAUCGACAAUCUCGGACUGCUGUUCGAGAACGAAAAAUUUUGCGAUGUGACACUCGCUGUCCACGAUAAAGAAUUUCGUGCGCAUAAAGUACUUCUUGCAGCACAAAGUCCCGUCUUCUCGGCAAUGUUCGAACACGACACGGAGGAGAGUAAGAAAAAUCACGUGGACAUCAUCGACGUGGACGCCAAAGUUUUGAAAGAAAUGUUGCGAUUUAUCUACACCGGUAAAGUGGUUAAUCUGGAUGUGAUGGCAAACGAUCUGUUGGCCGCGGCAGACAAGUACGAAUUGAAAAGGCUGAAGGCACUGUGCGAGGAAGUACUUUACAACACUUUAACCUGUGAGAACGUAGCCGAUAUUCUCAUCUUAGCCGAUCUCUAUUGCUCCGAUCAGCUGAAAUCAAAGGCGCUAGACUUCAUGAAUAGUUGCGUGGAUGUGGUGCACACCGAAGGUUUCAAGUCUAUGAUAAACUCCCAUCCGCACCUGUUCGUAGAAGUUUUCCAGGCUAUGCAUAUCAAGAGAUUCAAAUUGGAGUGUAAAACGUGUAACAUCUCAAAAUAAUCACCACUAACACCAGUAUGCCACGCUAUGGUCUAAAGGAAAACUCAACAACGAAAACCUACAUGUGACUCAUUCGAUUGUCCAACUUAAACGAGC